GCUGGAAGAGUGGAAGGAGAGAGGUUGGCUGCGAGAUUGGCGGGACGAGGAGAACUUGACGUUGUAUGCUAACCCCAUUACAGAUUCCUUCCUGGGUAAGCUAAGUUUAAAUAAAAAUAGAGGGUAAAAAGGAGGCAGGACAUUAACCCUCCCCUAGAAACUAUGCAUGGCAAAAAUAGAAAAGGGAAAAGAAAAAGGCACAUGUACAUGUACUAACAAGAGAUGGAUAGAGUUCCAUACACUGACACCACUUAUAUUUUUUCCAAAGUUGUAUAUCAGCCCAAAAAGUUAAACAUGUUUAUUAAAAGUUAAAUUUAGCAGUGAAAAUAUCGAAGGUAGCCCAUAAGGCGUGUGCUAUUGGGGGAAUUUUGUUUGUGUUGAUAGACUAUAUGUGUGGUAUGCACUAAUCCUAAUCCUCAUCCUAAAGCCGCGGCUGUGGACGGCUCCCGGUAUGAAGGGGUAAAUUAAAACUUGUUUCAGCUUGUUGGGAUCUUGGUGAGUGCAGUUCAUUAUUCAGCUUGAAGUCUUUCAAUGCACAUGCACAAGCCUUAGAGAAGAUCGUUAUGCCUGACUGCUUCAAUGUAUUCUUGCUAAAAGAUGGGUUGCUGUGGGCAUCAGUAAAUAGUAUGGUUACGUCACACAAAUCACGGGUGAGCAGUUGUAAUGAAAACGUUAAUCUGCAAGAAAGAUGUCAUCAUUACGUUACUGAAGUACGAAAUACCACUUGGAGAUGCCCUGAUUCGUGCAAUUGACGUGGAAUACGAGGACGCAGUCAAAGCAAUAUGUCAAUACUUGUCAACAAACGAGGAUAUCUGCAGAGAGGUUCUGGCUGCUUCCUGUGAUAACGAUGAUUUCCAUCCUGCUCUGACGCCUUUGGUGUUGGCUGCACAGAAGAACAGCUACAACAUUGUCAUGCUGCUCUUGGAUCUUGGAGCCGAGAUCCACGAGCCCACGAUAUCCCUGGGCGGCGAGGUGACCCUGACUCAGGCCAUAUCCACCCUGCACCUCUACCGCGCCCUCUCCCAGCCUGCCUACAUCCUGGCCACCCAGACGGACGUGUUCGGCUAUGCCUUCGCCAUGACGGCCAAACUCCAGUCUCUGAGCCUUGCCUGGACGGACUUUGGGGAAGAGCUGCAGCAAAUGGCCCGGCGUGUCGAAGUCUUUGCCGGAGUGAUGCUGGGGAAGUUGGCCUCGAGCGGAGAGAUCUUAUCAGUGUUUGGAUACCACAACACCGACAAGUAUAGAGAUAACACCGGAAAACAGCAUCAGUUGUCUAAGAUGUUCGAGGCAAUUGCGUACCAGCAGAAAGAGUUUGUAGCACAUCCUCAUUCCCAGAAGGCUAUCAUCACGCAGUUCUACAAGAACCUGCUGAGUUGGAACGAGCAGGGGUUUCUGUACCAGUUACUCCUGAUGCUUAUUGGUCUCCUGGGCUAUCCCAUCAUUUGCUUGCUCUACAUCUUAUUUCCCGCCCGCAAAGUUGUGAGAUUUGCCAGGCUACCUUACGUCAUGCUACUGAUGAACACAGGGUCAACCUUCACCUUCCUUGCUCUUAUCAUAGCGGCCACUGUGGUUAGUGAGACCAAAUACCCCCAAAGUGCAAGUGCACUGUAUGCACUCAUCUUCAUUUGGGUAAUCGGUCUGGCAUGGAGGCACAUAAAGAAAAUAAUGAUGCAUGGAUUCGAGGAGUAUCUAGCCGGAAGUGGUCACAUUCUGGAAGCGAUCAUCAUAGCCUGUUACGUCACUGUGUUCUUCAUUCAAUGGAACGGCCAAGUCAAUAUAAUAUCGAACGUGAUAAUACGUCGGUCCAGCGGCGAUUUCACCAGCUACUCGGAUGUGCAGGACCGCGUUGAGUCGGUCCUGUCCAGCUUUGAAGAAAGGCUCAAUACCAGCGUCGUAGAGGGAGUCGGUAGCGUCCUGACCCGUGUGCUGUCCAACUGUAGCCCCGUGUUUGCCGCCGAGGCGGGCCCGCCGGCCGACGACGGGCCAUCCCUACCAGGUUUCCUGCAAGAGACCAUCAGCUACGACCAAUUCGAGCCCGUCGUUGUGUCGCAUGCGUUGUUUGCCGUCACCGUGGUCCUUGCCUUCCUCCGUCUGAUGAAUCUUCUAUUGAUCAUUGACUCAGUCGGCCCACUGCGCAUCUCUCUGGGCGCCAUGAGGCAAGAUAUCGUCAAGUUCUGCGUCUUGUUUGUGGUUAUCUGGCUUGCUUUUGCCAUUGGUCUAUAUACCAACUAUUAUUCCGCUGGUCAGUCAGUACUCCGAGAAUGUUUCGAGGGAGGCGGCACUGCGGACGAUUGCUCCUUCUUGACCGGAUUUGAAACAUUCCUCGAUGCAAUCUCGAGCCUGUACUGGUCGCUCUUUGGAAUGAUUGAAUUGGAUGUUCUGAUGCUCUCAAGUAAACAUUCUGUGGCUGAGGUUGUUGGCACGUUCAUGUUCGUCAUGUACCACAUCAUGGUCGUGCUUGUCAUGUUGAACGCCCUCAUUGGCAUGUUGUCAAACACGUACAAUAUCACUGAGGAAAAUGCCGAUACGGAGUGGAAGUUUCACCGUACCGCUGUCUGGGCCUCCUACCUGCGCCCAGUAGGGACUCUCCCACCUCCCUUCAACCUCAUCCCGUCCGUGAAAAGCCUUAUCCGCUUAUGUCGGUAUAUUUUAGGGAUAUGGCUGAAAUGCGCCAAACGGAAAUCAGUCAAUCGGAGAGAACGGUACUCCAAAAAAGAAUUUGCUGCUUACGUGCGAGUGUUGAAACUGACACGUGACCGGUACGUUCAAGACCAUCUGUCCGCGACCUCGAGCAACUCGGAGGAGGUUCGACCACGUGAUAUACAAGCAUUGAGGAAUGACGUCAUGACAUUCAGGUUCUAUACGCAAGACCGUCUUGAAUCUCUGAACAAAAUGCUUGAUCUGUCGAACUUAAAGUCGUCAGACCUGAGUCACAAGCUGGAGGACCUUGACCCACUAAGUGACAAGAGCUCAGAGGUAGUUCAGCAGGCUGUUGAACUGAAGGACAACUGUGCCCAACUCAUACAGGCGAGCGACAACCUAAUGGAGGAGCAGGCGGGAGAGAUUGUCUCCAGAGAUGAGGAAGCUGCGGAGCUGCGCGCCAAGAUAGCCACUCUCCAGGCAGAAGCUCAGCAGCUUGUAGUCGACCACGCCGCCGAGUUGGCGGUGCGGGAACGCCAAAGGUCCCAGCUGACCGGCAUCAUCAGGAAGCUGGAAGAGGAAAAGGCUAAGCUGGCGGACGACUGCCAGACGCUGCGACGAGACAAGGCCGAGCUGAUCAACACGGUGGGCAUGUUAUUGGAGGAGACAGACAAACUCAAGCUUGAGAUACCAGAACCUACCGAGGAGCAGCCCGAGGAGCAGCCCGAGGAACCAGAGCAGGAACAACCACAGCGGGUUGGAUUUAUCCGAAGAAUUGUUCAAAUGGUCGAAAAGAAAAUAAAUGAAACCAUGGGUGAUGCGUCAGAAGACGGUGUGGCAAAAGAAACAGAGACAGCUUCCAUAUCAGAAGACGACACUUUAUCAACGGAGAAGAAAAUGGGUGAGGGGCUGAGGUCUGAAACGGGCGAGGAGCAACAAGCAGUGGGAAAACAGGAAGAUUGGACCGAAUCAGGAAGAAAGAAGGCAGAGAAGUCAGGGGAAGUGUCCAAAAUACUGCCUCCAUCGCCAUCAGUUACGACAGCCGACCCACCAAUGAAAGAGUCACUUGAUACACAAGACACAACAUAUCAAAAGUCAAUUCCAACUCGGGAACUAAAAUCUAAACCCGAACAAAUGCCCUUCGGACCAAACGAAGAGCAGGCACUGGACCAAUGCAGUGAGACAAUAUUAGGAACGGCUCAAGACAUACAAGAACAGCCAGGAAGCGUAGGGCGAGAGUCACAGGCUGAAAGGGAUCACAAAUCAGUCCUUGGAACUGAAGAAAAUACCAAAUUCUCCGAGGAAACCUCCACACUACCUGAUGCAGACACUAUACCCAAGCAGCCCGAUAUCCCAGAAGAGCAGUCUGAAUCGCUGGCUGGUGUAGAGGUCAGUACAGAUCUCAAGGAAACGCCUCUAGAACCAAAGGAUCUACCGACAGAAGUUGAGGAGAUGAAGACAGAAGAAACAGUGGAAGAAGUGGAGUUGGCCCCUGUAAAAGAAGAAAAAGAAACACCGUCAUAUUCAGAUCCCACAGGGGUCGGGAUACCCAAACGGAAGUUGGAGUCAACCCAAGAAUCCGGGAUGGAUAUAGAUGCCAAGACAUCCAAGAAAGGGACUAAACCGAAGCGGUUUGCCGAAAGAUCCAGAGAAGAAGACUCAUCGUUUGAAGAGAUAUCGUUGCCACCAUCUCUGGACUCCUACUCUGAAAAAGACGAUGCAGAAUCCCGGGAAACCUUACUAGACCCUCACCAAAAACCCCACAGGGAGUCGAUGUCAGAGCCUGACAUCACGCCAGCCGAAGAACAAGACUUGUCACCAGACCCCAACGCCCUUUAUCAUCAGUUCAUAAGAACUCAACAGAAGGCGAAGUCAACUCAAGAACCAGGGUGGGACGUGGAUUCCAAGACACCUGAGAGAGGAAGUGAACCCAAGCAGAUUGUCGGCGCAUUGGCAAGAGAAUCAGGGUCUCCUUUCGAGGAGAUAGAUAUGCCGCCACCACCACCAGUCGACGAACCAAAAGUAAGUGAAGGAACUGACAAGAAGAGGGCUUUGGAGUCUACGCAGAAUUCGGAUUUGACGAAAGAACCGCAACAAGAACUAGAAGAACUGGGAGGGGAGCCCGAUGUGAUAUAUAAAUCAGAAGAACUUGAUUCUGAAGAAAAACCGGUGAUCUGGCAAUUAUAAGUAACCAUUGAAAUACAUGUCUGCUUUCUAACGCAUAUACAUGCACUGUACAUAUCACUUGUACAAGAGAAUAUACAUGUCAUUACGUCAAAAGAAUUUUGUAAUGCACACACCAACUUCUUGGUGUGUGCGUACUCAGAUGAAAAACAUCAUACUGCAUGGGAAAGCGUGUGAAUUAAAUUUUCAGACAUUCUUGAGGAGGGAGGAAGGCUUCUUAAGACUGUCUUCUCUCUGGACUUUUUCCAGUAAGCACACUGAUCUGAUGCGUAUUUUGUUCGUUCAAAAUAUCAUUCAAAUGACUUUUUACGUAAAUACAUGUACAUCGAUAUAUUUUGUUUCCUUGUAUACAUGCAAAUUAAUAACUUGUGAAAGGAAUUGAAACAAAAUUCUUUGUAGUCAUGAAAUUAUCCCUAAAUUUCUUAAUGAUAUAUAUACUCAGGUCUUUGGAUGUCAGCACCAACUGAUAGGGCGAAUGGGUAACUUUGGCAAAUAAGAAACUCAGGUAAAUUAAUAUACAUGUAUGUGCCUGACGUUACAAUACAUUAUGGUGCUCACCCCAGACAAUUUUAGACACUAUCCUCGGAAAAGAAAGCUAUGUGAGUGUUAACCGAGCAGAUGCCACGUGGGAUUGAUUCAGAAACUAAGAAGAAAAGAAAAAAGUCAAGCUGAGGACAAUUUGCAGUUUUCAUGAAACUGAGAAACCUCAUAGAACUCUGCCUUUCCCUUUGGGUUUUUUCUCAGCUUUGAGCUCAAUAAAGAUAUGUACAUGUACCUAGCUCAAAAUGAUGUUUUAUUUAAAGAUACUAUUCUAUUACGCAUGUUUUGGGGGAACUCGGGUCUUGAUUUAGUAGAUGUUUACUGCUUAUGUGAUCUCACGAAUCAUUGUGACUUCAGUUCUGAAUGAAAAAAUAAGGCUGUCAAAUGAAUUGUGAAAUAAUGCUGUUAUCUCCGAAAUUUCUGAGGACGGUAGUAAUAAAGUUGCACCAUAUUUUCUUCUCAUAUUCCAUUAAACAUUUAAUGUACUAUCACCCAGAGUAUGACAAUAGCUUUUCGAUAUUGAUCAAUUCAUGGAUAUAUGUAUGAUACUUUAUCAGUGCUUAUACGUCUAAUUUAAGCCAUGCUUGUGAAGUUUGAAGUAUAUUUACAGACUGAAGUUUGUUGCUUAGUUGCUAUGCAGACAUUUAAACAGUUACUUUAUGGUUUGGGGUUCAUAUAUCUUUGUUUUGGGCUAUUAAAAGUGAUAGGAUAGCGGAUACUAAGGGAUGAUCGAGUACAUAUAUCUAAAUAUUUUCUGUCUUUAACUGUUAUCCUCCAGUGAACAAAUAAUGAAAAUGGAACACAUUUGGGUUAGAAACUAUGUAGUCCUUUGUUUACAGAAUGACGAGGUACUAUAAUAAACUUCGUGUAUCUCAGUGGGCUUAA